CUUUACACCUGUAUCAGAGACGCUCAACUGCCAUGAAGAUAGAAGAGGUACAAUCGACGACUCGACAACAGCGCGUCGCGGCGCACACGCAUAUCAAGGGCUUGGGUCUAGACGCUCAAGGAUGUGCCCUAGCGAUCGGGACGGGUAUGGUGGGGCAGGAAAAAGCACGCGAAGCAGCGGGUGUGGUGGUCGAGCUGAUCCGCACCAAGAAGAUGGCUGGGCGGGCGUUGCUAUUAGCAGGUGCGCCUGGAACAGGCAAGACAGCACUGGCCCUCGCUGUCGCACAGGAGCUAGGUCCAAAGGUCCCGUUCUGUCCUAUGGUUGGUUCGGAGGUUUAUUCAUCGGAGGUGAAGAAGACGGAGAUCCUGAUGGAGAAUUUUCGAAGAGCAAUCGGGCUACGAAUUAAGGAGAACAAGGAGGUUUACGAAGGCGAAGUCACUGAGAUUACACCGGAGGAGACAGAGAACCCACUCGGCGGCUACGGGCGGACAAUCAGUCAUGUACUUCUGGGUCUGAAGACUACCAAGGGUGCGAAACAAUUGCGACUGGAUCCUAGCAUAUAUGAGCAGAUGCAGAAAGAGAAAGUUGCAAUAGGUGAUGUGAUCUAUGUAGAGGGAAGCACUGGUGCAGUUAAGCGCGUGGGUCGAUCAGAUGCGUAUGCGAGUGAGUUUGACCUCGAAGCUGAAGAGUAUGUCCCCCUGCCGAAGGGCGAUGUGCACAAGAAAAAGGAGAUUGUGCAAGACGUGAGUCUACAUGACUUAGAUGUCGCGAAUGCGCGGCCACAGGGUGGUGGGAACGACCUCGUUUCUGUCAUGGGCUCAGUCCUCAAACCAAAGAAGACAGAAAUCACCGAGAAGCUUCGCACCGAAAUCAACCGGGUUGUUAAUCGGUAUAUCGACCAGGGUGUGGCAGAACUUGUGCCGGGAGUCCUCUUCGUAGAUGAAGUUCACAUGUUGGACAUAGAAUGUUUCACAUAUCUCAACCGUGCGCUUGAGUCCAGCCUUGCACCUAUUGUGAUCUUCGCCACAAACCGCGGUGUGUGCACUAUCCGCGGAACGGAUAUUGUUUCCCCUCAUGGCGUGCCCGUCGACUUGCUGGAUCGUAUGCUCAUCCUCCGCACGAUGCCAUACUCACUCGAAGAAAUAGUUCAGAUCAUGUCGAUUCGUGCGGAAAUAGAAUCCCUUGAGAUUGAUGACGAGGCCCUAGCGGCGCUCGGGGAGAUCGGUAUUCGAACCUCGCUUCGUUAUGCUGUUCAGAUGCUAACGCCCUCACGAAUCCUCGCAGAGACCAAUGGUCGUGAUACCAUCAGUCUUAGCGACGUCGAGGAAGUUGACGACCUAUUCUUUGACGCCAAGGCUUCGGCAGCCAUCCUUGCAAAAUCAGAAGGCUAUCUUGCCUGAUUGCAGCCAGGCGCAUUCGAUGCGAAUUAUCUUCAUCAACAUACGUAUGGCGUGCUCCAAUAUUGCUGUCUUCUUCACCAGAACUCGACCAGGGUUAUGUGAGGAAUCGUGGUUUCGUUCCCCGCGGAGCAGGGUCGCAACCCAGACUAGUCAAUAGAAGCUCCCGGAGACAUGCAGCCACUCGGCCCCAACCCACGCGCCGCAUGCGUGCACAUUGCAGGGGCCGCGCACAUUCGGCGUUUCCCCCCACCUAGGUACAGGGUGGAAAUCGAGCGAGAAGUAACCGGCCGGCGGCCCCUAACUUUUCUUGGUUGU